UCUUGGAAUAGUGGCAUCUGGAAGACAAGUCUUCUGCUGGUCAUCAGCCACUCUGGACUUCAUACAACCGAGUCAGUCGCUCAAUUAAUCCGGAUUCUAACCUGCUUUCAAGUUCCUAACCAUGAGGAUAAACGUAUGGAUUUACCAAGCUGUGGCGUGUGUUGUGGUCACUAUAUUGGAUACCGGUUUUUGUAAAAGGACUCAUCAGUCAUUACAGAAGUAUGAGAAGAGUGAGAGUCACAUGCUGGUUUGCACAGACUGCCCUCAGCCCUCUUUGGUACGAAACAGCCGAUCGCAGGAACACUGCGCCCGCAAGUGCAAGAAGGUCAAGAAACACUUCAACUGCAGGGCUUUCAACUUUCAACGGUUCAACAGGAAAUGCCACUUGCUUCCUUUUGACCGUUUCACCCACGGUGUGCAGAAGCAGGCCAACAUCAACUUUAGUUUGUAUGAAAAAAAAGAUUAUAUAAGGGAGUGUAUCAUCGGCACCAAGGACAACUACAGAGGGAGGAGGUCUUGGACGAAGUCAAACAUCACUUGCCAAGCUUGGUCAGAUAAUAACAUCAAUGAACACACGUUCUCUCCUGAUAGGUACCCAACGCAAGACCUGAGGGAGAACUUCUGUCGGAAUCCCAACAACGAUCCUGGUGGUCCGUGGUGCUACACGACAGACCCCAACGUACGAGCCGAGGAGUGUGGCCUACCGCAGUGUUCAGAGGAAGUCUGUAUGAUAUGUAAUGGGGAAGAUUACCGGGGCAACAUGGACCAUACAGAGAGUGGCAAGGAGUGCCAGAGAUGGGACUCAACAAGGCCUCACAAACACCACUUCCAGCCCAAAAAGUAUCGGCACAAAGAUUUAAAGGACAACUAUUGCCGUAACCCAGGUAAUCGUCUUCGUCCCUGGUGCUACACCAUGGAUCCCAAAACUCCAUGGGAGUACUGCAACAUCUCUGUGUGUGAUUCGGACUCAAGUGAGGACACAGAUGUCAAUGUAACAACAUCCUGUAUCCAGGGAAAGGGCACAGAUUAUCGAGGCAUAAUGAAUGUCACUCCAGAGGGUGUGACAUGUCAGCGCUGGGACUCCCAGUCGCCCCAUAACCACUCCUUUCUCCCUCAGAACUUCAAAUGCAAUUUGUGUAUUUGUCAUAGAGACCUCACAGAGAACUACUGCCGUAACCCUGAUGGUGCAGAUUACCCAUGGUGCUUCACUACAGACCCUAAUCAGAGGAUAGCCAACUGCACCCACAUCCCCAGGUGUGACGCUGAGGCCACACAAAAAAUAGAGUGUUUUGAAAAAGGAGCGACGUACCGGGGCACUUUAUCCAUAACUCGAUCGGGGAUUCCCUGUGCAGACUGGUCACAUCACAUAAACAGUGGGGAUUCUCACUCUACAGAAUCCCAUGUAGGACUGGAGAGGAACUACUGCCGGAACCCAGACCGGGACAAACAUGGCCCCUGGUGUUACACUAAUCCAAAUAAUCGUUUGGCCUGGGACUACUGCAAACUGAAGCACUGUGAAUCGGCUACAGUAGCUCCUCAACCGAACACUCCAACUGCGCCCAAGAUAUCAUGCUUUGUGCAUAUAUACACCAGAAUUGUUGGAGGACAUCAAGUGCGAGGUACAGAUGGCAGCUGGGUUGUAAGCAUCCAAAGAGAGAAGGUUCAUUUGUGCGGCGGCUCGUUGAUCAGAGAGGAUUGGGUUUUGACAGACCAACAGUGCUUCACCUCCUGUGUUCCAGAUCUCAAGGAUUACAGUGUGCAGGUUGGUCUGCGUCACCUCAAUGAAUCCUCAAAACACCCGAGACUACGCAUCUCUCGCCUGAUCUGUGGCCCCGAAGGAUCCAACCUGGUUAUGCUGAAGCUAGAAGAUCCUGCCCCUGUGUCCGAAGGUGCCUCCACUAUUCAUCUUCCAGUAAAAGAGUGUCACAUCGCCGAAGGCACCAACUGCACCAUGUAUGGAUGGGGGGAAACUAAAAACACAGGAUACGACGAGGCACUGAACGCUUUGACCAUGCCCAUGGUCAACAAUGACAUGUGCUCACAAAUCAAAGGGGAUGCUGGGGAAAGCAGAAUAUGUGCUGGCGGCAGGAGAGGAGAAGGAGUAUGUGACAAAGACAAUGGCGGUCCAUUGGUUUGCCAAGAACAUGAGCGCAAAGUCAUCAUCGGUGUGAGCAUCCAAAGAACAAAAUGCGCCUCAUCGCAGCCUGCGCUUUUUGUUAACGUUGCGUUCUACUCUGAGUGGAUUUACAAAGUGUUCAAACUUUACCCCAAUUUGGAGAGGAACUGAUGGCGUGGUGUGAAAAUCAACCCCAUGCACGACUUUACCACAGCCUGCGAGAGGAGGGGCAGCCUUGGGCCAACAAAUUCCAAGACUUCUCAUGAUGGGAGCACGAGAAAAAUCCCCGAAUGGAAAGUGGCCAUUUUGGGAUUUCGUGGCUGAAUUUGUCAUUUUACGGAGAUGACAGAGAUGGGGAUUGAAGACUGGAUGAAGGAAAUGGAUGUCAUCCGUUCUUCCACUUUGCAAAAGAAGACAUCCCGGUUGUUUGCCUUAAUAUCAUAUUUACAACCAAAGUCUCGGGCACAUGGACGGCAUACUAAUUGUAUUUUGACAUCUUCAGAGUUUCUGAAGCCAUGCAAACAAAGACAAUGAGAAUGACACUUGUGACUCAGUAUUAUCUCCUGGAAUAUACUUGAAUAAUGGACGGAGCCCAGUUAUCUAGAGCUCCUGUGACUGGGACUUCUGGUUUGUCUUUUUAUUGUGUUGAGCUGGACUGCAAGACACAUCUUAUAUCCUCCUACACAAACGACGUGGAUGGAUCACGUCGUUUGUUCCUGAAUGUCAACAAAUCUGGCCGAACAUUUGAGGAUACCCCAAAAAUAGCAGAGCAAAAAUGCUAAACAUUAUUCAGCUUCUGAAAUGAUUCAACUAAGAGCUGCGGUGAUACAAAAAAGGGAGGAAAAUAUCAUUAGUACAGACACUAAAAGUCCCAAAAAUUUAAUAUUGAUUAAGUCCAGCAAAGGAUCAAAUGUAGUACUAGUUAGAUACAUAAAAUACACUAUUGCUGCUUGAAAAGCUAACUUGCAGCAGCCUUGGCAAGUAUGCAGUGCUAAUUGUGUGCAGUAGCUGGACUACCUUUUCCCGAGUUAGCUGUAACUGUUAGAUUCCCCUGGAGAGGGUCUGAGUAGGACUGAGGAAAGUGCUCCAAAAUCUUAGGCUAAUAUUUGUAGCCUGAGACAGAGAAGAGUCAUGCCAAAUAAAACAUGGCUAUUUGGUCUCCAGUUUGGAGGUAACUUUGGCCCCUGGUGGGCUGUGUGUGGUCAGCAGAAUAUUUUAUACUCUUUUUUUUUUUUUUUUUUUUUUUGUUUCAUGGAAAGUGACUCCUUGUGUACAUAACUGCAGAUUUAUCGAGUAUGUUUCUGCUGCGCUGUAAGAUAUUAUAGGUCUUAUAGAUCUGGAAUAUUUUUUGGUUCACUGAGUAACGUCAGAUCGGCUUCUUUGUGCCUUUUGAGCGUGUUUGAUAUUUAAAGAGACUGGUAGCUUGUAAUUAGUAGUUAGGUAUAUUUAUUUUUUAAAUGAGCAGAAGACAAGAAUCCAGAGUUGGGUGUGAUAUUUGUUCUUAUGGAAUUAUGACCCCCCCCCCCUCCGAGAACAACAGGGGUGCAUGUUUGACUCAAAGGUAAUAGCGACACAUGCUUUGUUACAGUACGGCAACAUUUGGUGUAACCUUUUAAUUCCUGAGUGCUUGUUGUAGGAUAAAUUAAUAUUGUAUUUACUGUGCCUUAUACACACACACACACACACACACACACACACACACACACAUGCACAAACACAAAAUCUUGUCAAACAUUACAACAUAUCAUAAUGAUGUGCUUCGAAAAAGUAUGAAAACAAUAUAUAGGCAUUAGAUGUAGCCAUUACAUGAACAUACAAGAACAAAUGAUUUACUAAAUGAAACAGUUCCUUGCGAUUAGCAUCGCCAAAAUAAAGCCAAAUAAGUGAAAAUUGCCAAAAUUCCCCACUCGUUAAGCAAUACAAGCGUUGCAUUGUACUCAUAUUUGCGUGGCUCCUUUGCAGAAGUAAAACAAAUGUAUUCUAUUAUCAGCUCUAAGAUGACUGUUCGGAAUAUCACACUGAAAACAUUACAUAGCAAUAAAGGAACAAAUAUUAAUAUAAGGGGCAUUCCCCAUCAGCCUUUGAGUCCUCGUGCCUUUGUGCUUCGUUUCAAAGACCAUAAUUGUAAACGAUUAAAUUAUAAACUGUGGCCUGAAUCGUACUUUUGAGGAACCUUUUGUAGCCUUGCACGGUUAAAACCAUGUCGAAAGUCCUAUGAAGUAGCAAAACUGAUUCAUUAAAGGCAACUGAACCAAACAUCACUUAUUCUGGGUUAUGUGGCAGAUCAUAUAACUGUAUUGUAAAUUGUCAGCUGUGCUCUCAUGGCGUUGUAAGUGUUAUUUAAUUGACUUUAAUGUAAAUAGCCCAGUGCAUUCUGUAAAUCACACUUUGUAAUUUUUGUAAAUAAUGUAUUUUUUACUUCAUUCUGUUUAUAUGUUUGUAUACUGUUCACUUUUAUUUUAUAUAUAUAUAUAUAUAUAUAUAUAUAACAGCUGCUAUUUUGUGUUAGUGAGUUGUUUUAUAUCUAUGACCUUUUCUGAAUUGUGUAGCCUUUGUAUUAUUCCUAUUUUAAUAAACAAAUACAUUA